AUGCCCGAAUCGCAAGACGAGUCUCCCGGCGAGGAUUACUUCAAUGACCUCACCCAACAACCUUCGAACAAGGGCGACGAGCCGACGAAUGGCGAGCGCCGCGCAUCACAAGAAGACGCCAAUGGCCAAGUACCGAAACCGAAGCGCAUAGCUUGCGUACUGUGUCGGAAACGCAAGUUGAAGUGCGACGGAGUCAAGCCGUCAUGCGGGACAUGUACUCGUCUGCAGCACGAUUGCUCGUAUGAUGAGGUCAGAAGGAAGAGCGGGCCAAAGAGAGGAUAUGUGAAAGCAUUGGAGGCGCGACUGGCGCAGGUGGAGACCUUGCUGAAGACACAGGACGACACGACACCGAACGGACAGACCGGCAGCAACGGGAACGCGAAUGGACAAACCAAUGGCUCCAAGGAUGGAUUGCUGCCGGAUUUUGGAAAUCCAGCUAUUGGGAGAAGCAAUGUGAACAUGCUACCGCACAUGCAGCAGACGAGGACGCAGCACGAGUUUCCAACACAGUCGCCGAAUCCACACAGUAUGCUCAAUACGAUGUCUACUGGCGACAUGAAUGGCACUUCAGAAGAACCUUUCCCUUGGGAGAUGAUCGGACUGGGUCUGGAUGAGCCGCUGCCUAACCAGGAUGUCAUUAACGAACUGAAUCAAGCGUACUUCGAAAGAGUACAUCCUUCAUUGCCAAUGAUCCACCGGCCGAGAUAUUACGCUGCGAUGAACCUGGCACCACAUAUGCGUCCACCUAUCUGCUUGCGAUACGCGAUGUGGGCAAAUGCAGCGGCAGUAACGGACAAGUAUGAGGGAUUGCAAGAGCACUUCUACCUGAGGGCACGAAAGUACAUCCAGCAAGACGAAAUGAAGGGCCAUGGAGAGAGUAUGAUCACGAUCGCUCAUUGCCAGACAUGGGCUCUCAUAGCUACGCACGAGUUCAAGCACAUGUACUUCCCGCGGGCUUGGAUGUCUGCUGGCAGAGCGUCUCGUUUGGCUCAAAUGAUGGGAUUGCACAGACUGGACGGCCAGGGCCUCGACGUGAAGCAGUGUCUACCACCACCAAAAGACUGGACCGAGCGAGAAGAGCGACGGCGGACAUUCUGGAUGGCGUUCUGUGUCGACAGAUACUCCAGCAUUGGCACUGGCUGGCCGAUGACCUUCGAAGAGGGCGAUGUAAUGACCAGCUUGCCCACCGAUGAGGAGAACUACGAGCUCAGCAGGCCGACAAAGACCAUGAGUCUGAGUGAAGCACUUGAGCCAUCUGGGACAUCAGGCCUGUCGAGCUUUGCAGGUGUCGUUCUGAUGGCGUGUCUCUUCGGUCGUAACCUAACCCACCUCCACCGACCUACCCCAGAAGACCGUGACGACGACCUCAACGGGGAGUUCUGGAAGCGACAUAGGGGCGUGGAUAAUAUCCUCCUCAACACUGCGCUUUCGCUGCCAGACCCAUUGAGGCUACCUUCAGGACUGAACAACCCGAACAUUGUCUUCAUGAAUAUGAACAUCCACACUUCGACGAUCUGCUUACAUCAAGCUGCGAUCUUCAAAGCUGACAAGAACCGGAUGCCUGCUAGGAUCUCGGCGGAGAGCAAGGUUAGGUGUAUUACGGCUGCAGCAGAGAUUGCCAGCAUCAUGCGGCAGAUCAGUCAUCUUGAUCUUUCGGCGAUGAAUCCUUUCAUAUCGUUCUGCCUUUACGUGGCUUCAAGGGUCUUCGUGCAGUAUCUGAAGUCCAGGCCGAAAGACGCACAGGUCAAGGCGUCGCUGCAAUUUUUGUUGUCCGCCAUGCACGCCAUCAAGCGGAAGAACCCCUUGACGGAGUCAUUCCUGGUUCAAUUGGAUGUAGACCUGGAAGGCGCUGGACUCGAAGACUCGCAUUCUCUCCGUGCUCAGAUGCAGAAGAGUAGGGACAAUAUUGCGAACCGAAUGCCAGGUUGCCCACAAGAACACUUGGGCAUGCCAUCAGUCGACAGUAGUGGCAGAAUUCCCACUUACGGUGACAGAGGACUUGCAGCGUAUAACAAUCCUGACCAAAACGUUGUCAAUCCUAGCAACCUCCAGCAAACGGACAGCAUGGGUAUCACGACAGGCAUGGGCGAUUCGCUGUCCCACAAUCAACCAGGCGGCACGUUCAACUUCAGCCUGCCAAAUCGACAACGCACGCCAGGCUCAUUCCGCAGCCCAGACGGUUCACUCAACCAGCCCGAAAUGGACACCAGCCCAGACGGCAGCAACAACGACCAGCAAACCCCCGGCUCCAGCACACACUCCCACAACAACCCAUCCUCGCACACCUCCAACACGGCCUACUCCCCCCAAAACGGCCACCAAGACCAACAACCCAUCCCCACCGCCACCAUGCAAACGGCCGACCCGACCCAACUCUCCGGCAUCUUCGACCCCGCGGACCCGGCCUUCGCCGACUUCGACAUGUCCGGCUUCACAACCAACAUGGACACGCAGCCGAGCGGGUUCGUCCUGCCCUCGAAUUGGAGCGGCAACGGCGGCAGUUCCAGCGGUAUGACGCCCGGCUCGACGGGCGGUGCGAAUGGCAUGAUGGCCGGGUUCAAUGGCGCGGGACUCGGUGAGAUGAUGGGCGGGAUGACGGAUGCGGAUUGGAAUCAGGUGUUGGAGAGUUUUACGGGUUGGGAGACGGGCGUGGCGCAUGAUCAGCAGGUGCAUGAUUGGAGGAGGUGA